CACAUUUUAUCGAACCAACCACGAAUAUGACCGGUUACAUUCACCGGUUACAUGCUCUUUAUAACAAGGUUCAACUGUCGACGUCACUGAUUGGUCAAAUUAUUUUUAAAAUGGCGGUGUUUCAAUUUGUGUGACUGUUUUUAUGGAGUUUUAUUCGUAAUUUAGCCAUAGAGUGAAAUGUCGCAAGAAAACCUCGAUUGGAGAACUUCAGGUUUACCUAAAAACUGUCUUAUCGUUAAACCGAAUGGAGAGGCAAAUUUUAGUCAAUUCAUAAAUGAAAGCGAGUAUAAUGUUUCCGCGAUCUCUUUCAAUCAAACGGAGGAUCUGUCCCGUUCCACCAAAAGAAAUUUGCGUUCAGAGCAACGAAGGAGAAUAUCAUCUAUUAAAUUUGGUACCUCAACAAUCGAUAAUACUAUUAGUCCAGUAGUGGAAUUUAGUGAAAGUCGCACUUUUUUAAAACAAGCUUCUACUUCAUAUGAUAAGAAACUAUGUAGCCCUCUUUGUCAACCUAUUGUUAAAGUGGCACGUAUGUCAGAGGCUAAAAUUAGAAGAAUGACGCAGUCACCCCAUCCAGCUAUUUCACCUAAAAAUGAAGAUGAUCUUAAUAAUUCGAUGCUUAACGAUACAGUUCCAAAAAUUAAUUUUUGUGUUCAAACAUCUUACGAAGAUAAAAAUGGAGGCUCCCCUCACAACAACAGUAAAACAUUCCACAACGAGAGAGUAGAGAGUCCACUCCCUAAUACUCCAAAAUUAGUUUUGUUUAAUAAAAAAUCAUCUCAAACUUGCAAAAAUGAGCUUACAAGUAAACUUGAUAGCCAAAAGGAUAACCAGACUAAUAAAGAGAAUCAUUCUUUCAAGCGAGAAGAAACGAAUGUUGACAUUGCAAAUGAUUCAACAUCCCACGAAGAUACAUGUCCUUCCCGGCUAAAAGACUUAACGGAAAGGGACUUUUCUUCAAUUGACGGCACACCAAGUAAUUUCUCUAUUGGGGAAAAAUCAGGAACAUCAGACAAGCCCACCAAAAAGGAAGCCGUCACUUGUAGACGCUGCAAGAAAAUUAUUCUUAGCAAAAAAGUUGAAAAAAUCCAAACUGAAAAGAAAAGUGCUGCCUCAGUGAAAAAGAAACCAUCACAUACUAAUCUUGAAGAAGAUGGAAGUCAAGAGUCGACUAUUGAUAUGCAAACCGAUAACUUAUUUUCUGAAAAACAACCCGUUCGAAAACUUCAGUUAGUCAAUGAAGAUGAUAGUGUAAUUCCUGAAACAAGGUCGAAGAAAAGGGUUUCAUCCGAGAAAAAGAUAAAACGAGUUUAUCGUAAGAAAAAACGAUCUGGAUCUAAAUCUUCAAAUGCUGAUUUGACGCUUGAAAUUAAUUCAAUUCUUGAAGAAUCACUCAUUGUUCCAAGAAAUCAUAGUCUCAUGAGCAAUUUUCAUGAUGAAGAUAUACAUCCUACUGCUAAGGAUGUUGAUUCCGGUGACAAAAGGGUAGCAAGGGAAAACCAAGACGAACAAAUCAAUGACGGACCAUCCUUAAAUAAAGAACCGUUCGAUGAUGAAACAAAAUACAAAACGGAAAAAACAUCUAGAAGAAUUAGAGAAAAGACAAUAAAUGACGAAUUAGAUGUCCAUAGCGAAAAAGCUUCCAAAAAAGAACGUUUGCUGAAUGAAAAGACAGCGGGAAAUAGAAAAGAGUCGAAAGGCGAAGAAGAACUUAUAAACAGGGAAGCUUGUUCGAAUGAUUGGGCAGACGAAAGACAUUCACCUGAAAAUGAAGAAGUUCCGGCAAAUAAUGACGAGGAAACAUCUGUUGUUGGAGAUAGAGAAAGUUUGUUAAAUGAAGUAGAAAAUUCGAAAUUAAUAAAUACAAGUGUCGGUAGUAGUGAGAAAUUAAAGAAUGAUACAGAAGACAAUGGAUCAGUGAAUAAAGAGGAGGAGGAAGUAAUAGCGAAUGAAGAAGUUGAAGUAUCGGCAAAUGAAGAAAAAGGUGAAAAAUCAAUAACAGAGGAUGAAGAAAGAUCUGAAGUUAAGGAGGAUAAUAUGGCAGAAGUCGAGGAAAAUAGUACUUUUGUAGAUAAUUCUAAAUUGAGGAACGAAGCUCAUUCUGGGAAGGAGUUUGAAAGCAGGGAAAAUACAAUUUUCAAAGAAACUGAUGCCGAUGGAGAAGUAUUGAAAAAUCAAGAACACGAACUGUUAGAAACAAUAUCUGACACGCAAAAUUCAAACGAAUCCUUGAAAUUAUCUAAAACGCCUGAAAAAGAUGAGUGUUUAGAUAACUCUUCAAAUCUAACUAUGGUCAUCACAAGGCGUCAGCGUCACAUGCAAAAUGAAAGUAAAGAAAAACUCCAUGAGAUUCCAAGUUCAACAGGAAAAAAGAAUAAAAAAGGUAAAAAGUCGAAAACAAUUUCUCAAGGAGCCUCUGUAUCGAAACCAAAGAAAGCUGUUCGUAUACCAGAACAAAUUGAAGAAGAAAAUGAUGAUAAUAAAAGUGUCGAUUACGAAAAUAGUCAGGUGACCAAAUCAACGCCAGCGAGAUCAAUUCAAAAUUUAAAAAAAUUUAAACCUACUGAAGGAAAGGUAGAUAUUAUCGAAGCUAAGCAAUCGUCAUUAAUUGGGGGUGAUUCUGAAUUGGAUAAUAAUUCUAACAACGAGGCCGUUCCGGAAGCUGAUAUGACUCUUACUGAAGAGAAUACAAUAACAGAUAAUAAUGUAACGUCAAGGCAAUCAGAGUCUGUUCAUCCUAUUUUAGAUAUUCGGAAAUCUCUAAGGAGUAGCAGUAAGAAAAAUUCUUUUGCGGUACCUGAGCAGCCUCCUAUCAGAAGUGUAAGGAAAAGUAAAAGAACUAAUUCUCACGCAAAUGAUGAACAGACUAUGACUUCUAUAACUAGUAGCUCUAAACUCUCCGACUUGUCUAAAAUGUCAACAAAGCCAGCAAAGAAGGCGAAAAGUAAAAGUACACAAAAAAAGAUAAACUCAUUGUCAAAAAAAUCCAAGGGAAACUAUCGAUCUAAAUUAUCAUCAAUAUCAAAUUUUGAUGACUCGGAUGAGCUUUCAAGUACGAAACGCUCCUGUAGUCGACGUAUUUCAAAGAAUGUUUCUACUCUCCUGGUUGAUUCUCCUGAUAGAAGAGACGAUACAUUUACUAGAAUCUCUAGAUCUACCCGAUUUAGUCACUUAUCAAGUGUUAAUUCAACCCGAAAAUCUUUCUCCACUAUGUUGGAUGAUGAUACUAUAAAAAAUAGAGAAAGUUCUCAGUUUUCAACAAAAUGGAGAGUUAGCAAAGUUGAUGCAAUUCGACAAUCAAUUCCCGAUGAAGGAAAGAAAAACUCUACUUUAAAUAGUACUCAAAAGAGUUCAAAGUUAAUAGUAAUCGAACCUACGCCAGAUAAUACUAAAGAAAGUAUUUCGUCUACGGAUAUUGAUAAUACAACAAACCCAAGAAUUUCCUUUUCAACACAGAGCUUAUACAAUAUACGUGAGGAAGAAAGCAACAAUGAGGUCACCUCUUCGUCAACUGUUUUGGAAGCUGAAACGAUUAUUCAACCGAAUACAGCAAAUAGAACAAACGUUUCAUUUACACCAGUAAAUUUUUUGUCAUCAACACCAAUGGUGAAUGAAAAUGAAAUUCCAUUGGAAACUCCACCGUCUAGAAAAAAACCAGAAGAGAAAACAAACUCGGCCGAUCUAACAAAUUAUAAAUUCCAAAAAAAGAAACGACGUGAAACAAUAUUUGUGCCAAAAAUAACCGAUUCGUCGAAAGGUUUAAGACGAUCAAAGAGGAAACGUGUUAGACCUCUUUUACACGAAUGCGGUGAACGUAUUAAAUAUACUUACAAUCCAACAGCUGGUUCUUAUGAAAUUGAUCAAGUUAUCAAGCCAAACAAAGAUAAAAAGAAGGGUUUAAGAAAUUCAAUGGCAAGUAAUAAAAGAAGGAUUGUUGCAUUGGAAAAAUUGGAAAAAAAGAGAGAUGUAGAAAAUACAAAAAUACGUUUUGCUAAUAAAACAUUACCAGCCCAAUUAGUAACAAGAGACAGUUUACCUGGUAAUAACUCUUUUGAAGUAUCGAUAAGAGGUGAACGAAAAGUCAAACAUUUAAUCGAAAGAUUUAAUAGACAUGUCGAUUUUGACGAUGGUCCAAUGAUUGUUAAACCAACAAAGUCAUCUGCCAUAAAUUAUAUACAUAUUAGAGGCGGUGCUACUCAUUUAUUACCCGCAAGCAAAACUGAAACUACAUUAAUACUACUGUAUGGAAAAAUACAGUUCUUUCUCGAAGAUAACGAAGGUUACUUAGACGCCGGAGAUUCUUUAGAAAUUCCUUAUGAUGUAAAUGUUACAAUAGAAAAUCUUCGUCGUGAUCCGGCAACAUUUCUCAUUCACGAAAUUUAAAGAGAGAGAGAGAGAGAGAGAGAGAGAAAUAGAACAAAAAAAAGACAAAAUAUAACAAUUGAACUUUCAAACAUAUACGCUUUCAUAUCUUUUCUUUUUCAAUAAUAUAAAUUAUUAAGGCAUUACUUCAUAAAAAAUUACCUGUUUUUAGAAAGAGUAUAAUUUUUAAUGAUGUCUAUGAUUUGAUGAAAAAGUUGCUGGACUACUAAUUCUUCGAAGUGGUUCAGCAGCAAGAGGUGAUAGCAUUGUCUUUGUUGUUUUUGGUCUUGUUACUUUGUCACCGAGACCCCAACUGUUUCGCCUCGCUUUCAAAUCGCUCGCCGGUAAUUGAAGAAGGCUUCCUGGAUAUUUUCUUGUUACUCUUGGUGACAAGUUUCCUUGCAUCAAGUUUCUUGAAUAGAGUAAUGAUGGAGGUGAACUUUUUUUUAAAACCUUUUUCUUUACUCUUGGUGAAGAUUCUGUCGAAGCGCUUUUCUCUUCUUUCGGUGGAAGGAACUCCCUUAAAACAGUUUCGAAUUCUAUAGACCCUCGUAUUCUUGGUGAUUGCGGAUCUUCGAACAAGUUUGGCAUUGAAGAUGUUCUAUCAUCAAUACUGACAUGUUUAAGACUCGAGACGAUAUCGGGAGUUUGAAGUGAACUAGAAGAUCUUCGAAAAUUUUUAUCAAAUUGAGAAGUAGAUAAAGAGUAUUUUCCACUAUUUUUUUGAGGAUGUAUUGCUGUCAUACUUCUUUUCAAUCCCAUAGGAAUCGAGUCCAAAUGAUGAAUUCUUAUAAUUGGAUGUUCACUAGAACGUCUCCUGUUGUUAACUGUUUCAAUUUUAUCUAAUUUCUGCAUUAUGUCUUAACUGAUAAUUAAUUAUUGCGUUGGCGAAAUUAUCAGUUAAAAACUUGUUGAUCCAAAGUUUUUUUCAAAUGGGCGGGUCAGGACGAGCUACUAGCGUUAAAUGGACUUUUAUAACUUGCACUAUUUGUAUUAGAUAAAUAGGGUUUAUUCAUAUAUAGCUAUUAAUCGCGCCCCCAGAUAUUUAGGUAGCUUAUACCAAAAAGUUCUAGGAUACUAGAUGGCGUAAAAGUAGUCAACGUUAAUCUUAUCACUUGUCUACUGUAUAUCGUAUAAAUGAACACAUUGAUUACGAAACACACAACUGUACGAUAUAUAUAUAUAUAUAAUAUAUAUAUAUAGCGCCUCGUGUCAUUGGUGAUUUGUUAUUCCACACUUAAAAUGUCAUACAAAAUACAUUAUCAUCAAUUUUUAAGUUAGAAAGAUAAAGGGAAAGUUAUUCCCUACUCUAAAGAAGUAUCAGUCAUUCCAUAUCUCUUCCCCUAGCCGACAAACUUGUUAAGUACACACAAAAGAAAACAGAGGAAUAAAAGAAAGAUUUUUAUCUAUCACAGUUUUUCCUUUCAUUUAUUAUCUUCUCUUUUCCUCUUCUUCGUUAAUACUUACAAAAUAAUCUAUAAAACCAAGAAAAUAUUAAGGCACAGCACAACGUAAAAUACAUGAAAAGAGAAAACGUUAUCAUGACAAAAUUAUCCUAAGAAAUAGCAGUAGUUGUAGAAAAAGUAAGGAGGUAGGUUAUUUCUUUACAUAACAGUUUUAUCCUAAAAGCAGACGGUUGACGUGACAACUUUAAAGAUAAAAAAACUCAUUGAAUUAUCCUUCAAAUAAUAAAAAAAAAACAUAAAAUAAAAAACGCCAACAACGGCAAAUCACCAAGAUAAACGCCUUCGUACGCAGUACGUUAUGCUUAAAACGAACAUAAAUCUAUAUAUAUAUAUAUAUAUAUAUAUAUAUAUA